CUUCUUUUUCUAAAUCCCAACUCAUCGCCGAACCUCCCUUGCUCCUCUACCUCCCCUUCCCUCGUUCGCCGCCCGGCAGCCGGAGACCUCCGCCGGCGGAGACCUCUUUCUCCAAAGUACAAACAGUGGAAGAUGCGAUCGGAAUCUUCCUCUUCCAUGGACGAGCUAUCUGAUAAAUUUGCUCGCGACUUCGGGCUCCGGCCGCAGGGUAAGUCCGCCCCUAUGUCCGCCUCCAAAACCGAGGCGGUAGGACUACGAGAAGGAUCCUACUCUGCCGGAUCAUCCAGGAGCACGGCGAGAUCCGGACGGAAUCCAACCUCGACUAACGACCCCUUCGUCAGCGACAGCGGAGCUGGCAUCUCCGAUGAUUAUGUCUUCGUUGGCGUCUUGGGAUCAUCAAAUUCGUCUUCUCGUGGUCGUUCUGCUACUUCUUCAUCGCAGACAUCCUUGGAUGUUAUAUUUGAUGGCCUCGCGGAUUCGACUACAAAGACCUCGUCUGCUUUGCCUGUCUAUGAUAAGCCGGUAUAUGAUGACGACAUAUUCGACGGGCCUCCGGGCCUGAAGAACUCGUCAUCAUCGAAGUAUGAGGGUAUUUUUUCUUCCAUUUUGUCAGGAUCCGGUCAUGUUUCGACACCUCCGUUUGCGGAUCUUCUUCAGAACUUUCAGAAGCAAAUGCCAGAGUCUAAAGGCAGGAGUGAUGGGAAAUCUUUGGAGAAGGAGGAACAGAAUAUCUCAGAGUUUGAUGAGCUGAUAUCAGGAUUCAGUAAGAACAGCCAGCUGAAAGACAGGGAAGCUCCAGAGGCCAGACACCAGAAGCCAGAUGCCUCAACAGCUACACCAGCUACAAAUAAAGCAGAAGCUCCAUUCAUUGUUUUGGAGUCUGUAUCUACCUCAGCAUACUCAUCAUCUUGUUUAUUUUCUGACCCUUUAGAAAACAUUAGGAGGCCUGUAAGUUCAAAAGCCAUGCAUUCUACUAGUAAGAGGAUCUUUGCUGAUAGCAAUACUUUUGAUGGAGCCUCAAAGUCAGUGACUUCAUCCUCAGACAAAAUAGAUGAGAGGUACAAGGAGAGUAGUUUUUUAGAUGAUUUCCAAACUAAAAGCUCUAGUUAUGAUGAAUUAGGAACGGAACCACCUCACCCCUCUUUCACUUAUGUAUUUGAUAACAUCAUGCCAAAGGUGGAAGUCAGGAAAUUCGAUGACUUGCACAGCCCCACUGGUAGAAAUGGCCCUAAUACAGACACGCAUGAAAGAAACACUACAAGGGAUCAAGCACCCAAAAUUUAUAGACAUACUGAAACCAGAGAUGAUGUCUGGCUUACUGUUUCAGAAGUCCCCCUUCACACUCAACCUACAAAUGCUCCACCUCCUUCAAGGCAACCACCUCUACUUGUCAUAAAACACACACGUUUCAAUGUUGACGCAAAAACAAAUGAUAAUGAGCCUCUUCAACAGUUCACCCAUAGCCAUCCUUAUGAUAGAAGUUCCAUAAACAGAUUUCCAUUAGACAACCUUGAAGAUUUUGCUAUGAGCAAAUCUAAAGCAUAUGCUAUGCAUAAUGAAGACAUUUUCAAUAGUGUAGAAUUAAAUCAAAAAAUUUCUGCAGCAGCUGCUAUGAAGGACAGAGGUGAGGCAAAGUUCCAACAUGGUGAGGAGCUAAUGGAGAGAGAAUAUGACACAAUAUUUUCUAGGAACCAUGAAUAUGCGCACCAAGAAAAAAAUGGAAAAAAAAAAUUAGAUGGAAAAGAUCUUGGAGGUACGGAAAGAGUAGAAAGAUUGGACCAGGAACGAUUACAAAAGGAAAGGGAAGAUAGAGAAGAGGAAAAGAGAUUAGAAAAGGAAAGAGAGCAAGAACUAGAGAAGGAAAGAGAAAAGGCCAGACAAGUUGCAGAGAGAGCUAUAAGAGAGGCUAGGGAAAGAGCAGCUGCUGAAGCUCGACAAAAAGCAGAGAAGGCAGCUGCUGAAGCACGACAACGGGCUGAGAGAGCAGCAGUUCAGAGGGCGGCUGCUGAGGCACGUGAAAGAGCUGCCACAUUGGCAAGGGAAAGAGCUGAAAAGGCAGCUGCAGAGGUAAGGGAGAAGGCUGCUAUAGAGGCAAGGGAAAAGGCUUCCUUUGAGGCAAGAGAAAGAGCCGCAACCGAGGCUAGAGAAAGGGCUGCUGCAGAGGCUAGAGAAAGAGCUGCUGCAGAGGCAAGAGAAAGAGAUGAAAAGGCAGCUGCAGAAGCAAGGGAAAAGGUGAAUGUGGCUAGGGAAAGGGCUGCUGUGGAGAGAGCUGCUGCAGAAGCACGACAAAGAGCCCAGAGAGCUGCAGUAGAAAGAGCUGCUGCAGAAGCUCGGGAAAGGACUGCUGCAGCAGCUCGAGAAAAGGCGGCUGCUGCUGCUGCAAGAGAAGAACAGAAGGAAGAAAAUGAUCUUGAGUCAUUUUUUGGCAUGAGCUCCCGAGCAACUAGUGCCCCAAAGCAAAGAUCUACCGCUUCAGAGACAAUGUUUGAAGUUAAAGUUCAGAAUAGAGGGAGUUCUGAUGGAUCACUGAGAACGGCCUCAGGUUCUUCAUCUACCGUUAGGAAGGCAUCUUCUAGUGCUAAUAUUGUGGAUGACCUUAGUUCCAUAUUUGGAGCGCCCCCAUCAUCUGGAGAAUUUCAAGAUAUUGAAGGCGAGACUGAAGAACGAAGAAGAGCUAGACUUGAGCGCCAUCAGAGGACGCAAGAACGUGCGGUGAAAGCCCUAGCUGAGAAAAAUGAACGUGAUUUACAAAUCCAGAAAGAGCAAGCAGAGAGACAUAGGAUUGCUGAAACAUUAGAUAUUGAGAUAAAACGUUGGGCUGCUGGAAAAGAAGGCAAUCUGCGUGCUUUACUCUCAUCACUACAAUAUGUCCUUUGGCCUGAGUGUGGCUGGCAACCUGUAUCAUUAACGGAUCUUAUUACUGGUGCGGCGGUGAAAAAAGUUUAUAGGAAAUCAACUCUGUGCAUCCAUCCUGAUAAAGUGCAACAAAAAGGUGCUACUCUUCAACAAAAGUACAUAGCUGAGAAGGUUUUUGAUCUCCUGAAGGAGGCUUGGAACAAGUUCAACUCCGAAGAGCUCUUUUAAGAAGUCCACGAGGCGACUUUGUUGCAUGACUUGCUGGGUGCAUAUUGAUGUCUUCACGUUUUUUUUUCUUCUCAUGUUUAUGGGUUGUGUAUUCUAGUUUGGGUUUUUUUACCACUAGUGCCUUCAUCAAUUUGCAUAUCCAGAAAGUUGCCUAUUUGUUCGAUUUGUGUAAUGCCUUGCAGAUUCUUUCUUCUCUGGUGUUUUUUCGUCCUUACUUUUCUCCCUUUUUUACUGUUUUCACUAUUCCUUGACAGUUGAGAAUUUUCUUCGAAAGAAUGAAAAAUUAUCGUUACGCAUUA